AUUUCCAAAAUGGCGGGCGUUAGUGGAAGUCAGCUAUUUUCACCUUUUAGGGCUCUUGGCUUCGUUGCGAAUCAAGUUCCUCUCGCUAUACAAGCUCAGGGACAGGAAAAUCUAGUAGCCACAGCUGUGGAUUCUUCAUUUCAUGUCUAUGAUUGUGCAAAGCUUAAUCUUCUUUUUGUUGGUCCUCCACAAGAAAAAGAAAUAACAUGCAUAACAGUUUAUGGACCUUUGAUUAUCACAGCUUCUGGGAAAAAUAUCCACUCAUGGAAACGUGGGAAACUGAACACAAUAACCCGGGAAUGGGAAAGAGACACUGGUGGGUUUGAUAACGAAGUGGCUAACAGGAUACUACGUUGCGAUAUCCAGUGGGUAGAUUGGAAGGGAAAUCUCGCAACGGUCGGUAGAGGAAAGACAGAAAAUCUUGACCUAGCACUUGCGGAACAAAGGGUUCAGAAAGGGGAGAUCAUUGGAGAUGUGAGAGUUUGACUUUCGAGACCUAAAUCGAGUCAUAGUGGGAGAAAUCACAACCAUGUCGAGAGCUGGGCUGAUUUUGCUUGUUUCACUAGGAUUGGUAGAAUUGGGAUUGAGGAAUGGGGAGUUUAUUUGAGGGGGCUUUUGAGGAUAGAACACAAACAGUGAAUACAGUGUUGGGAUAUUGCCAAUGUCUUGGCUAGGCGCAGGACGUGGCUGACCAAUAUUUUUGCCCAUACCUCAUUACAGCUGAGCAUGAAUGCGAGUGUUAUUGAAUAGAAUACUAUUCAUAACACUCGUAA